AUGGCUUCCUUAUACCAGAGAUUCACCGGCAAGAUCAACACUGCCAAUUCGUUCCCGCUACCACCCGAGGCCAGUCGCCUGCUCGGAGCUCAGGUGACGGACGACGAGAGCAAGAGCCGCCGGCAGCCGCUGGAGGCGAGGCUGCACGUCCAAUGCCGCAGGAAGUGCACGCGAGAAGAUGAAGAUGACCUGGUGGGCAGUGCGCCGCCACAGAGGAACUGGAAAGGAAUCGCCAUUGCCCUGCUGGUUAUCCUCAUCAUCUGCUCCCUGAUUGUCACCUCCGUCAUCCUGCUGACCCCUCGUGAAGAUGACAGCCUGGCCCUCAAGAAGAAGGUCACCCUGGAUGACAUCUUUGGUCCGGACCUACACGUUCAUGACCCCGACGCUGUGUGGCUCAGUGGUAAUGAGCUGUUGUAUCGCACGAGGGAAGGUGAUGUCGUUAAGCUCAAUGUGGACACAGAGGAGAAACGCGUCGUCGUGCCAAACCAGAUGUUUGAAAGAUCUAAGGCCGCGAGGUACCAAGUGUCGCCUGACCUGCAGCAAGUGCUCUUUGCCUUCGACUUGAAACUGAUCUACCAGCACUCCUAUGUGGCCAAGUACAUUAUUUACAGCCUUGUAACACAGGAAACUUGGCCUUUGAAUCCUCCUGAAGUGCAUGAAGCAGUGCUGCAGUUUGCUGGAUGGGGGCCUAAAGGCCAGCAACUGAUCUUCAUAUUUGAAAACAACAUAUACUACAGAGCAACAGUAGAGAGUCGCACCAUCCGCCUGGUUUCCACCGGAAAGGAAGGCGUGGUCUUUAAUGGCCUGGCUGAUUGGCUCUACGAAGAGGAGAUCCUUCAGGGUUACAAAGCCCACUGGUGGUCUCCUGAUGGCAUGCGUCUAGCCUACAUGACAAUCAAUGACACGCUGGUGCCAAAAAUGGAAGUCCCCUUCUUUACAGGAACGCCAUAUCCCAACACUUUGGAAUACCACUACCCAAAGGCAGGGGAAGAAAACCCUGUGGUGCACCUUUCAGUAGUGAGCCUCAACGGCCCUUUGCACACUCUGGUCAUGAAGAAACCCGAUGACCCCCGAAUUGGGAGAGAAUAUUAUAUCACAAUGGUGAAAUGGGCCACCAGCACCAAACUGGCUGUCAACUGGCUGAACAGAGCCCAGAACAACUCUAUACUGACACUGUGUGAGGCUACCACAGGCGUCUGUAUCAAGAAACAUGAAGAUGAGAGCACAAGCUGGUUGCACAGACAAAAUGAAGCACCACUUUUUUCCCACGAUGGACACAAGUUCUUCUUCACACGAGCAAUUCCUCAAGGUGGGAGGGGGAAGUUCUUCCACAUUUCUAUGUCCACAUCUCUGCCAAACACAAGCACAGACAUACUUCAAUCCCUGACCUCAGGAGACUGGGAUGUCACCAACAUACUGGCCUACAAUCACCAGAGAAACCUCAUAUACUUCCUGAGCACAGAGGAUGACCCCAAGCGGAGACACUUGUACAGCACAGAUACGAUUCCGCCGUUCAAUCGCUGCUGCCUAUCCUGCCAGUUUAACUGUGGCUAUGUGGAUGUGUCAUUCAGUCACAACAUGCGCUACUUCCUUCUCAGCUGUAGAGGUCCUGACAUUCCUAAUGUGGCCAUCUACAGAACAGAGGACAAACAGAAAUUGCUAGACGUGGAGACAAACGAGCGAGUCAACACAACAUACAACAACAUGCAGAUGCCCAGAGUGGAGUACGAGACCAUCACCAUAGAUGACUACACCCUCACCAUGCAGAUUCUGAAGCCAGCUGGAUUUGUAGACACAUCCCAUUACCCUUUACUGCUGCUGGUUGAUGGGACGCCCGGCGGCCAGAUGGUCACCGAGCAGUUCCAAGUGGACUGGGCCACCAUUCUGGUGAGCAGCUUCAGCACCGUGGUGAUCCGCUUCGAUGGUCACGGCAGCGGCUUCCAGGGCACGAACCUCCUCCACAAAGUGCACAGGAGGUUGGGGAAGCUGGAGGAGCGGGACCAGCUGGAAGCACUCAGGUUCAUAUCCAAAGAGCCUUACAUUGACAAGAAUCGCAUGGGCGUGUACGGAAAGGCUUACGGAGGUUAUUUAGCCACGCUGCUGCUGAGCUCAGAUGAGUUCACGCAUCUUAAAUGUGGAACUGCAGUCUCGCCCAUCACAGAUUUUGAACUUUACGUGUCAGCAUUUUCUGAACGGUACCUGGGCUCAAAGACUGACUCCAGAGUGUACACGAUGUCAAAUUUAGCUCACAGAGCAGGUCAGCUGGUGCAGAAGCAGUACUUGAUUAUCCAUCCCACUGCAGACGAAAAAGUUCACUUUCAGCACACGGCCAAGUUUAUCAACCACUUAAUCAGCAAGAAGGCCAAUUACACUCUUCAGAUCUACCCAGAUGAGGGCCACUUCCUCCACAGCGAUGACACCCAGAAGCACCUUGGCCGCUCGUUGGUCAACUUCUUCGGGGAGUGCUUCCGGCUCCCCGAGGCACCCAACGACGAGCAGCAGGAAGUGGACGAGGACGAUAGCUAG